AAGCGGCGGAAGCGGAAGUAGGGGGCAGAGCGGGAGUGGAGGCGCUGCUGGGCCGGGCCGCACCCUCAGAACGCGGCGGGGCGGACGGACGAUGCACCAUUGCAAGCGGUACCGCUCCCCGGAGCACGACAACUGCUGGGAACCGCGAUGGAAGAGGAGGCGAGCGCGGAGCGGGGCACACGGGAACCGCCCGCUGCGCAGGGACGGGCACAGGAGGACGAGAUCACGGAGCCAUGACAGGAUGCCUUAUCACAGGAGAUACAGAGACCGACGGGACAGCGACGCAUACAGACUGGAGGAGCGGAGCCCGUCCUUGGAUGAGGAUUAUUACUCCACCCGCACGCGGAACUGGCGCCGAUCUCGCGACAGAGAGCAAUAUCGUGAUAGGAAGCACCAGCACCACUGCAGGAGACGCAGGACCAGGUCUUGUAGCAGUACCUCCUCGAGAAGCCAACAGAGCAGUAAGCGCAGCAGGAGCGUGGAAGAUGACAAGGAAGGCCACCUGGUGUGCAGGAUCGGCGAUUGGCUUCAAGAGCGAUAUGAAAUAGUCGGCAGCCUUGGAGAAGGCACUUUUGGCAAAGUCGUGGAGUGUGUAGACCACGCCAGAGGCAAAUCGCAGGUGGCACUGAAAAUCAUUAAAAAUGUUGGGAAGUACCGUGAGGCUGCCAGGCUGGAAAUCAACGUCCUGAAGAAAAUCAAAGAGAAGGAUAAGGAGAACAAAUUCUUGUGUGUCCUGAUGUCGGACUGGUUCAACUUCCACGGCCACAUGUGCAUUGCCUUUGAACUUCUUGGCAAGAACACUUUUGAGUUCCUGAAGGAGAACAAUUUCCAGCCAUACCCUCUCCCUCAGAUCCGGCACAUGGCCUACCAGCUCUGCCAUGCCUUGAAAUUUCUACAUGACAACCAGCUGACUCACACUGACCUCAAGCCAGAAAACAUCUUGUUUGUCAACUCUGACUUUGAUACUCUGUACAAUGAGAAAAAGAGCUGUGAGGAGAAAUCCAUCCGGAACACGAGCAUCCGCGUGGCAGACUUUGGAAGUGCCACCUUCGAUCACGAGCACCACACGACUAUCGUGGCUACCCGGCACUACCGUCCCCCAGAAGUGAUCCUUGAGCUGGGCUGGGCACAGCCGUGUGAUGUCUGGAGUACUGGCUGCAUUUUGUUUGAGUAUUACCGUGGCUUCACGCUCUUCCAGACCCAUGAGAAUCGUGAACAUCUUGUGAUGAUGGAGAAAAUCCUCGGGCCUAUUCCAUCUCACAUGAUCCACAGAACUCGAAAGCAGAAAUACUUCCACAAAGGGAACCUGGUAUGGGAUGAGAACACAUCCGAUGGGAGAUACGUCCAAGAGAACUGCAAGCCACUGCGGACAUACAUGCUGCACGACUCACUGGAACACGCACAACUCUUUGACUUGAUUAGAAGGAUGCUGGAAUUCGACCCUUCCCGGAGGAUCACGUUUUCAGAAGCUCUCUUGCAUCCCUUCUUUGCCGGCCUCUCUGCAGAGGAAAGGAUGCUGUGCGGUCGUGGCACCAGCCGGGACCUGAGCAGAUGACAUCUGGGAAGGGUGUGACACCUACUAGAUUUGUACAUAUGGGAAUGGUGCUCUCUUAGAGUUCAGAGUUGCACUGUGACAUGAACCCUGGGUUGGGGUGGCGAGGAAAAGCUACAGCAGAAAGCACAGAUUUGUCUAUUUAUAUGUUGUAAAGUUAAAAUAAAGUGUUUCUUAUUGUUUGAUACUUCCCUCGUA